AGAAAUGAGCUUGAAGUGCGGCAGAAACUCCCACAUCUCAUUGUAGUUCAUCUGGGCCACUUCUGGAUGGUCAUUUCAGGACGGUUGCCAGAAGAUAUCUUGCGGGCAAUACACGAGGACGGCGACAUUGAAAUGGUUGAGUGGAAGAUGGAGGUUUUGGUGGGCAGAAGCCACCUGCACGCAUUCAUCAAGUGACUCUCCUUUCUUUGCCUUGACUCUUCACUUGACACUUCACCUGUUUUUUGUCGGCGAGGUCGAGCUGCCGGAAGUGUGGCAGACGGGACUCAGUGAAUCCCUCCCAGAGCAGCCCCGGGUUACGCCGAGUGGUUUCAGUGAAGUUCCUGACAUCAUAGACGUAACGGUGGUCUUCCGUCUCAUACUGCACUGCGCCCCUCUCUGUAAAGUAUCCGCUGAGCUUUCGCGGCAUUGUCUUCUCGGGGGGACCCCUGUCUUCUGGAGCGGCACUCGCAUCCUUUAUCCAGUCAAUGAACGCGAGAUCUCUAAGGUACGCGUCCCAGGUCCUGUAGAGAGACAGACAGACAGACGCAAUGAGAAGAUACACGUCGAUUGCCAUCUGUACAGGCAGGCACUGGACAUGCGGACCAGCCUGAGAUGUCUGAGGGCCCCUCCGGCUGCGAGAAGAGAUAGACCAGCUCAUUUCGAAGGUCGUGAAUGGGGAAGUGACAUCCUGCAUGACAGCGUGCAAAGGAAAGUCGGGGCCAUGCGCUCAACUUGCGGGAGCUCUUUUGUUUGCAUACCCAGGAGAACGGUCGGGACCGGGAAAUCCUGAGAUCCGAGUAUGGCCUGGCCAGGACCGAUACCCGCACCGGCGGAGACGUUGUGGCGCCAACCGAGCGUCCCUGGGAGGCAGCUCAGCAAUGCCAGCACAUGGAAGGACGCCAGAACAACACAAGGAUGGGGCAGCAUGGUCCUCAAGCACGCACCUUCUCCACGCGGACAGGCACUGGCAGUC